UUAGAAAGUGAGUCUGCUUGUUCCUGAGAACCGUGGGACAAGUAUACUGUCUUUGAAAUGGAAAUCCAUGAAACCGAUGAGGAGCAGCUUCCCGUGUUCAUGCUCUCCCGAGGAGUCGCUCCAGGCCACGCGAUGAGGAACGCACCGUCCAGUCCGCAGCUCGCCAUCCGCUCGCCAUCCGCAUGCCGCCCACCGCCGGGGUCCGCAGCGGCCGCGGGGCCCCGCUGUCACCUGCUCCCGGGGCCCUUCACCCGCCGGUUCCACGCGCUCCGUGCGCUCGGCGUAGGGAAGCGGCGGCGGUUCCCGUUUCCUCCCCGGCGCUGUCCGCAGCUGCCUCCCGCUCCAAGCGGCGAUCACGGCGCUGACCCGGGGCGGCCGCCGCGGCCCGGCCCGCGCGGCCACGGCCACCCCCGCGCGCGGGCGCCGUCCUUGAGCUCGGCGAGGAAGGCGUCGCGCAGGCGAAGCAGGCGCGGGGCCAGGUCGCGCUGGCCGCGGGUGAGGGCGCUGGCGGUGACCCGGGCGGCGGCGCGGAUGGGCCGCGACUCCGAGAGCCGCUCCACGAACCGCGGGCUAGAGAGCAGCAGCAGCAGCGCCCGCAGCAGCGCCAUGGCCGCCGCUCUCAGGUGCCGCACGCCCCGCCCCGCCGCGCUCGCGAGAGCGGCGCACCGCCUCGCCAUUGGCUGCGCGCCCGGCGGCCGCGCAGCGCGUGCGCGGGGCGCGGGAAGGCGGCGAGGUGCGGCCGGGCCGGGCGGUGUCGGUCUGUCCAGUGCUGGGCGCGGCCGGACCGGGCUGUGCGGUGCGGGGUUGGGCUGGCCUAGGCUGGCCUCGGGCGGCGCCGCCAUGAGCUCCGGCGGCACGCUGAGCAUCCUGCGCAGCGACUCCUACGCCGAACUCAGCCAGUACCGGGACCAGCAUUUCCGGGGGACGCGGUACGACCAGGAGCGCCUGCUGAGGAAGAGCUGCACACUGUACGUGGGGAACCUCUCCUUCUACACCACGGAGGAGCAGAUCCACGAGCUCUUCGGCAAAAGCGGCGACAUUAAGAAGGUCAUCAUGGGGCUGGACAAAGUGAAGAAAACGGCCUGCGGCUUCUGCUUCGUGGAAUAUUAUGCCAGAGGAGAUGCUGAAAAUGCAAUGCGCUACAUCAACGGGACCAGACUGGAUGACAGGAUCAUAAGGACAGACUGGGAUGCAGGGUUUAAGGAGGGCAGGCAGUAUGGCCGUGGACGAUCAGGGGGGCAGGUCCGAGAUGAGUAUCGGCAAGACUACGAUGCUGGAAGAGGUGGCUAUGGCAAAACUGUUCAGUGCCAGUGACUCCUCAGCCUCACAGGAGAAGCAAAUCUGCAUAGUAAAUGUCCCCAGGCAAAAAGCAGAUCUGUUACAUGCAGUUCACAGAAACUCCUAUCCACGUUCCUGUGGGCACAUCCUAUGUUCAAUACCUCUUUGUUUUAAUACCAGGAUCCAAAGCAUUGCAGAGGACCUGGGAGCAAAGCUUUAAGCAUUAGAAUGCUGAGGCUUUGGUCUCAAAAUGCUGCUAUAACUUACUGAAAAGAGGAAAGAUGUAAUGUUAUGGUGCUUUUUUUGUUCUCUGGCAAAACUUGAUUAUUCUACUGGGUUUUGUUUACAUUGGGAUCACAGGGUGGAGAGCAGUGAUAAAGGAUGAUUGGUGGAUGUUUCAUAGAGGAAAGGCAAAGAGCCUGAAAAGGAAGUGGAAUUUAUAAGGACAUUUUUCAAUUUCUAGAGAAGACUUUUGAGUUUUCUGGCAUUACGGGAUUAGCAUCGUUUUCCAUUGAUGCUGUUCCUAGGAGGUUUACAUGAACAGCCAUAAUAAAACAAAUCAGUUUGAGUUCAGGAAUCAUGAAGUGAGAAGCAGAGAGCAGGAAACAGACCUCUGCUGUCUUCUACAAAGUACAGUUGUGAUUGCAUGACAGAGAAGAGCAAAUACAAGAAUUACAGUACUGCUAUUUCACAGUUUGAGUAUUAGUAUUUUGCCCCAAUCUGGUAGAUCUGUACAGCUUUAAUAUUUGAGGGCACUAUCUUCCCUGUGCCUGUAAGGGUUGCAUGAAGCCAAGUUACCCCCAGAAUGGGAUGUUUGAGGAACUGGGUUUAUAAUGAAAAGUUUCUUCCCAAAACAGGUUUUCUAUUUGAGAAACUUGAUUUCAGACAACUUAAAAAUAGAAAUAAAAGAGUUUUGGGAGGAGUUUUGCUUUCUACUGAGCAUGUGAUAAGAAUGGUAAAAGGAUUUCAGGAUUGUUUAGCUUGUGUUUUGGUGUUUCUCUUUCCCUGCUGGAUCCUAUUCAUACUGCUUGUUGAUAUGUUGGAAUGUUGAUGUACUGCAAAUGUAGUUUUAAAAAAUGUGAUCCCAAGAUCAAGGAAAUUGACCUGCUGAAACGAAAUAGUUUAAAAAGAACUGUUAGAGGGCUUUGAAAUUUCUUCGUGGACUUCUGAGUUCCAUGUAAAUGGCAAUUACUAAAGUUUUGUGCAAAUACCUUGUUCAUGACUCCUUAGAAACUUUCAAAGGUGUACAAAAGUUGAACUUUACUCACUGGAGGUAUUGUAGGAAAUUUUGAUGUGUUUCUUGCAUACAGUUAAUCACAACUGUUACUGUACUGUAAAUUGGAAGACAAGUGAGAUUGAGCAAGUCCUUACUUAGGAAGUGUGAGUUUGAGGGUUUUUGGCAUGUCUAGUAAAAUUAAACUUUUGGAAUCACUUGGUGCUGGUCUGCAAAUAAGCUUUGAACAAAAUUACCUUUUCCAAUAUAGUACAUUUGACUAUGAGUUUACAGCCUGUAAUCUGCUCUAGAACACUGCUGCAGUUUAUUUUUCAUUGUAUCAGUUUUGUAUAAAAAGUAUGUUACCAAAAAUUUUAAAGUCACUUUCUUUUAAAUAAAGCUGCAACAUUAAAA